AUGAGUGAUAAUAAUAUGCAUCAUACUAAUGGUGAAAAUGGAGAAAAUGUUUAUGAAUUUAUUGCAGAUGACGUGACUUCAAAUAAAAGUAAUACAGUUAGAAGAAUGCUAAUUAAAGAAUAUAGAAAAAUUGGUAGGGGUGCGUUCGGUACAGUAGUACAAGCAAAGAUAACACCAAAUAAAGAAGAUUGGUAUGGACCAUUUGCAAUUAAAAAAGUACCAGCUCAAACAGAAUAUAAAUCAAGAGAAUUAGAAAUUCUUAGAGCAACAGAUCAUCCAAAUAUCGUCAAAUUAGAAUAUUUUUUCACUCAUUUAUCACCAACAGAUCAUAAAAUUUAUCAGCAUUUAGCAAUGGAAUGUUUACCAGAAACUUUACAAUUAGAAAUUACUAGAUACUCAAGAAAUAAAUUAGAAUUAGCAUUAAAACAUGUUCAAUUAUAUACUUAUCAAAUUGCACGUGGGAUGUUAUAUUUACAUGCAUUUGGUGUAUGUCAUCGUGAUAUUAAACCAUCAAAUAUUUUAGUUGAUCCAACAACUGGUAUAUUAAAAAUUUGUGAUUUUGGUUCAGCUAAAAAAUUAGAACAUAAUGAACCAUCAAUUAGUUAUAUAUGUUCAAGAUUUUACAGAGCUCCAGAAUUAAUCUUAGGCUCAACACAAUAUACAACUCAAGUCGAUAUUUGGGGUUUAGGUUGUGUUAUUGGUGAAAUGUUAAUAGGUAAAGCCGUAUUUCAAGGUCAAGAACCUUUAUUACAAUUAAGAGAAAUUGCUAAAAUUUUAGGUCCACCAGAUAAAAAAUUUAUAUUUUUCUCAAAUCCAAGUUAUGAUGGUCCUUUAUAUUCAAAACCUUUAUUUUCAGGUAUACCACAAUCACGUUUCGAAAAAUAUUUCAAUCGCGCAGGUCCAGAAGGUAUUGAUUUAUUAAUGAAAGUACUAGUUUAUGAACCACAACAAAGAUUAACACCAAGAAAAAUUUUAGCUCAUCCAUUCUUUAAUGAUUUAAGAAAUGAACAAUAUUUCUUCCCAAGGGAACAUACUCAACCUGUUCGUUUACCUAAUUUAUUUGAUUUUAGUGAUUUCGAAUUACGUAUUAUUGGUGAAUACAUAACACAAAUUAAACCAGCAGAUGAUUAA